CAUUUCUCAAUACACAACACUUGGAUAAUCACAGAUGACUACUACUCGGCAACUAUUUUUUCUCGUUACUCUACUAUUCUUCUUUGAACAUGUUUCUGCACUAAACGCAAACGAGAAACUAAUCGCCUGUUGUGCUCAUGAUCCAGAAAUCGAUGCGGGAUGUGCAAAUAAAUAUUGCAAUUUUGGACAGAUUAAUCAACUUAUGGUCCUGCCAUUCAUUGCAGAAUGUGGCCCAAAAGGAAAAACUGUGUCUAGAAUUUGGGAUUGUAUAAGUUCGAAGCAUGAUCAUAGUGCAUGUUGUACCAAUCAGAAUGUUCUCCCACUGUGUCGUGCGUUCUGCAACGCGUCAAAAUCCGUUCCAACCGAUGUUCUUAAAUAUGGAUUUUGUACAUCUGAAUUUGACAAGUACCGUCUAUGUUUCCGUACCCAUCUUAAACAUCACAAAGCAAUUCGUCAGUGAACAUACAUUCUUGAAUUCUAAUAAAUUAUAAACUUCCUUC